AUGUCUCGCGUACUUCUUAUCACCGGCGCCACUGGCAAGCAGGGUGGCUCAGUCAUCGACUCUCUACUCGAGCUGCCCAAUGCUUCCGACUUCACCAUUCUGGCUGUGACCAGAGAUGCCAACAGCGGUAGCGCAAAGAAGCUUGCCGGAAGAGCAUCCAACAUUAAGCUCGUAGAAGGCAACCUCGACGAUGUGCCCGCUCUGUUCCAAGCCGCCAACAAAGUCGCCCAGCAACCAAUUUGGGGUGUCUACUCAGUGCAGAUCUCAAUGGGCAAGGGCGUAACCUUCGAGGGUGAAGUCAAGCAGGGUACUGAUCUUAUUGACGAGAGCGUCAAGAACGGCGUCAAGCACUUUGUCUACAGCAGCGUUGAGCGUGGCGGUGAUGAGGCCAGCUGGGACAACGCAACCCCUAUCCCCCAUUUCCAAACCAAGCAGUUGAUUGAGAUCCACCUGCGUGACAAGGCACAAAGCAUGGGCUGGACUAUCCUCAGACCCGUCGCAUUCAUGGACAACCUGCAACCGGGCUUCCCUACCAAGGUCUUCCUGACCGCCCUCCACAAUCACCUUGGCGACACCAAGCCUCUGCAAUGGGUCGCUACCGCGGACAUUGGCUUCUUCGCAGCACAGGCCUUCACCCACCCCGAGGAAUGGAACCACAAGGCCCGCGGUCUGGCUGGCGACGAACUCACCUUCCCCCAAAUCUCAAAGGCUUUCGAGAACGCAACCGGCUCUCCUGCAGGUACAACCUUCUGGGGUCUUGGCUCGGUCUUGACCUACAUGGUUGCUGAGCUGGGCCACAUGAUCGGUUGGUUUGCCUCUGACGGAUACAAGGCCGACAUCUCAAACCUCCGUUCAAUCCACCCGCAGAUGAUGAACAUGGAGACCUGGUUGCAAAAGAAGAGCGGCUUCACGACCAAAUAG